CCUCUUCCCUUUUUAAACCAAACGAGCUCCCGGGUAAUGUAUAGUGCUCGUUGUUCGUCUACUACAACAACACAUCACAAUAAAUCAAACCGAACUGUCGCGGGGCCAUCACCCACUUUCAUCCACUGCCACUUUUCGGUCUAAUUUGAACAAAAGCGAAUAGAACCAGAACAAUCCAUCCAAACGUCAAGCAACGUGUAAUCCCUUAACGCAACUUCCCUUAACAACAAGACAACACCCCCACAAAAGACAACAAAACAAAAAUGUCAACAGCAGCCAACUACCUCCGCGCCCGCGCCGUACCCAUCAGCAUCGCCGCCGGCCUCGGCGGCAUCUUUUGGUGGCAGACGCGCGGCGGCAAGAACCAGCCCCGCGGCGUGGCGGAGAAACACAGCGCCUCGGACACGGGCAACCGCGACAUUUCCGAGACGCUGCAGAAGAUGGGCGGCACGGGCGGGCCAGCCGCUCGGAAAGAGCCGCUUGCCGAAGAUCCCAAGGAUACAAGGGUCAUCUCGCAUAGUCCUGGGGCGUACACGAAGCGGACGCCGGCCAAGACGGGGACGGAGCCCGAGGGGGAACAGACGACGGGGGCGGGGAGGAGGGAUACGAAGGAUUAUGGGGGGAAUAAGGUUUAGGUUUAGGGAUUUGGUUGAGGGACUGAGGGGAAGGGGAGGGGAGAGGGAAGGGGAGAGGGAGGUGGUAAAACUGUAUUAGUAUGCUAAGGGUGGAAAGGUUCACGUCGUCGUUAGACUGUUGAUGUCGACCAGUCAGUACUUGCGACUUGAUGCAGUCUUCUAGCUAUGUACAUUGAGGGUUUAAUGAAGCAUCAUUUCAUGUCGAGU